AUGCUCAAUGCUAUAAAAGGAUUAGUUAAUAACCUUUCACCAGAAGAUAAGAAAGGUAUGCUUGAUAUGUUUGGGAUCAAAAUGCCUAAGAAAGCUAAAGACAUUACCAAUAAAUUAGCUCUGGCAAUUAAGAAUCAAGGAGGUACAGGAAGUGUAGCAGAUAUUUUCAAGAAUGCUAAGAGCUUCUAUGAUGACUACAAUGGUAUCAUGAAUGUUCCAGCUUCAAAUUCCCCAGUUGCUUUAGAUCACGAUCAGAGAUCUCAUAAUAGAGCGUUAAUGGAGAUGCAACCAAUAUACUCAGACCCUCCACCAAAGAUUGAUGAGAGCGAAUUAGCAUACAAAGAAAUACAGAAUGCCUUUUACGUUGUUAAGAACAUUAAUGGUCAAAAACUUCCUGAUGAGAAAUGGUUAGACCCAAUAACUAAAGCAGGAGAAAGAUUCAUUAUGUUUAACAUUGACCAAUACAGUCCAAGAGGAAAAGAUUACUUCAACAAGAUGUUUCCAAGAGUUAUGGCAAAGUUCAUUGGACAGAUAGACCUUUUCAAACAGAAGUGGACAUUCUAUUACGACUUUGAUGAGAAGAGAAACAUUUUGCGUCAUUUGAACAUCAAUACAAUGGGAUCAUUAGUUCAUCAGUUACUUAAUGAAGCUCCAAUAGCAGAAGUACAAGAAUUAGCAUCUAAAGUCCUUGAAUCAAACUAUGACUUCUUCCUUUGUAGUAUUCCUUCGUUAAGGAAGAUCGAGAUCUUUGACUAUACAGCUUAU